AUGUCUACCAUUAAUCAGUAUAUGAUAGUAUUGAUCGUUCUGAUCAUUACUUUUGUUGUUUAUGCUUACACUCGACCGCAAGUAUAUUUCACAGGUCGAGGAAUUGUAUCUGAAGAGGAAGAUGAAUCUACAAACUCUUUUGAUAACGAUGUUAACUCAUCCGAAGAUAAUGAAGAAUAUCCGGAUAUUUUAAAAUUGACAGAAUACCUUUCAUUGAACAAUGGAAUAGUGAUUAAUUUUCCUAGAAAUCAUCAGGCACCUUUACGUUCUUGCGACCUUAAGUGGCGAUUAUCGUUAAAUCGCUCUGAAGAAUUCUCGGCGAGCCUGAUAAAAUGCAAAAAAGGAAAAGACCUUUACCUUUUGGAGAAUCAUAUAAAGUUAUCAAAUAUUCAAAAGUUGCCAAUCGAAUGGAUCACGUUCCUUGGGAAAGGUGCUAAUUCCGAAAUCAAUUCAUUAUCAGACGGGUCAUCGAUUGAUGCCAUGUACUUUGAUUUUCAGUAUAAAAGGUUUGAAGCCUACAUUGAAAAGGAAUCCUUGAAAGCAUCUGAAAAAUUCAAAAUGGAAGUAACCAAUUCAUUAAAAACCCCAUAUCCAUUUAAAGAAUUGCAGAUUAUAUUUACAAAGUAUGGUCAUUUUGUCCCACAAAGAGUUGUGAUAGGUCAUAAAUUAUAUACGAUUUCACGUACAUUAUCACAUUCGAGAGACAGGAAGUACAAUACCCAACAAUCCUCGAAGUUAGGCAGGAUUGAUAUCAAAACAUAUAACUACAAGGAUCUCUUGCACGAAUGGAGAAAUACAAUAAAACCACUUGAAUUUGAUCAUAACUACUUUAUAUCAACAUCAGGAGAAAUAAUAGCAAAAAAAGAACUCCGGGGGUGGUUAAGUUCUUGCAGCUCAAAAAAAAAACCACUAAAAGUAAUUGGCUAUAAAGAUCUACUUCCAUUAUACGAAAUUUUAGAUGAAUCCCUUCGCUCUCACGUUAGAUAUAUUAUCGGAAUCGGAAAUGAUACAUCAAUACUUGCUUAUGAUACUUUAAACCAACCAAUUAUUCCAAAAAUUAAGGAAAGAGUUUUAGCAGCAGGAACCAUUACUCUUAAAGAUGGUAAUAGAUAUUAUCGCGUAAAUUUUUCCAAAAAACUGGAUAACAAAAAUUAUCGGGUUUUGGGGAAGCUUAAUUUGUGUGAUUCAAAAGUUGUAUCAAAAAUUCAAUCCGUUUUUGUGAAAUUCAAAUCAUUGAAUGCUCACGGCUUUUUAGCAUUGAUUGAAACCUUAGAUUUCAAUAUUAUGUCAUUAUCAAAUAUGCAAGUGGAUUGGAUAGUAAUCGGAGUUCCAUUCGAAGUUGGCUAUUAUAGUCCGUACACACGAAACAUUUUUAUAUUAGACAUGGGCAGAAAACUAAUUUCUACGGGAAUUCAUGAAUUUGAGACCAUGGACUUAUCGUUGAAAGUUAAAGACCACCUACCGCAUGAGUCUUACCUUGUCUAUACUUUCGAAUACCCGCCAUCCAACGACGAACCUAAAUUAGGCUUGACCAUUAGAGAUUAUGAAAAAAAUAUGCUUAAUUUAGGCAUUAUCAACCACGAACAUGGAAUAUAUAUCGAAAACUCCGAAAUUGAUGAUAAUAGAAAAAACGAGCUCCAACAUGACAAUUGUUCUACAACAACAAUUUUAGAUUUAGAAAAUUCUUAUAAUUGUGGAUAUUUAGAUAUAUCUGGAAGGUCAAAAUUCGACAAUUCAUACAAUAUAUUCGAAUUUGUGGUUACAUGGUAUAUACUAACUUUUACAAAGGAAAAGUUUCCCGAAACAUCACAUGACAACUCUAAAGAUUAUUUGAAGGCCAUAGGACAAAAUAUUUAUCAAUGUACAGAUAUUCAUAAAAAUUCGGCACCCAUUUAUGGCGAAAGCUGUUCCAAGGAGAUCUUGACAAAAGAAUUAAAAUACUCUAAAGAGAUUCAUAAAAAUCCAACACCCAUUUAUGGCGAAAGCAAUUCCAAGGAGAUCUUGAAAGAAGAAUCAAAAUUCGCUAAUGAAAAUGAUUCUUUAAUAUUGGACUUAUGA